UUACUAAUAAUAAAUGUAAAAGUAAAGAAUCAUGUAUACAUAUGUAUAUAUAUCCAUUAUUUAGUGGACUUAUAAAAAGAAUUGAAAAUAAUCUUAAGAAUAUGAUUAGUAAGGAAUAUAUUGAUCGAAUUUUAUCUUAUCUAUAUUAAGUGUAUCGUUUUAUAUUAUGAUAAAAUGAAACUCGGUUGGAAUGUAGGCAGUACGGAAUAUUGUUAAUUCACUUCCAUGUUUAUUGCGAUGUGACACCACAGAUUUCUUGUCUGGUUUAAAAUUGUUAUAUCACGAGCAAGAUUUAUUCUGUACCAUCGUUCUAGUUUCAACCUUUAGAAUUACGGAUAAUGGGACUAGGAAUUUUUCGAUGGAAGAUGUUAUUGAUUGCUAUAUCUGUUUUACUUCUUUGGCAAUCCUCGAAAGUAUGGUUGAAUCUAACUCAAGAGAAAUAUGGCAUAGAAGCACAGCUUCAGGACAACCAGCUAACAAAUGACGAGAGUAAGCAAAAGGUUCACAUAACUGUGUAUUACGAAGCACUAUGUCCAGAUUCACGCAACUUUUUCAUAAAACAAUUAUUGCCAAUGUACCACAAAAUUCCAAAUAAUGUACAGUUGGAAUUUAUACCAUAUGGGAAAGCUACGACUGUGAAAACAGAAAAUGGGUAUGAAUUUAUGUGCCAACAUGGACCCAUUGAAUGUGGAGCAAAUAUCAUUCAUGCAUGUUCCAUAGAUAUCCUGAAGAAUACUUCCAUUCAGUUAGAGUAUCUAUCUUGUAUGAUUAAAAAUAACAUAGUGCCAGUAAAUAUCAUGGAAAUUUGUGCAAAAAAAAUGAACAUAGAUUAUAAUCCUAUCUUUAAGUGCUUUAUUGGAGAUAAGGGCAAAGAACUUUUGGCUAAAUAUGGGGAAUUAACAAAUGCUUUAACACCACAAAUUUCCUUCAUACCAACUGUUGUAUUAAAUGAGGUAAGUUUUUUAAGUCAAGAAAUUUUAAAGCACAAAAUAAUAUAUUCAGACCAAUGUAAAUUAUUAAAAAUUUUUGUUCCUAUAUAUAUCAUAAUAAAUAUGGAUUUACAGAAUUCUGAGAAUCAGGCAAGGAUAUUAAAAAAUUUACUACAUGAAGUGUGCCUACAAUUUAAAAUUAUGCCAGAAGGUUGUAUAUCGUAAAGAUACAUCAAGUAUUUAUAAAACAUACUUCUCUGACAGAUUUGCACGAAAUACAGUAUUUUUUACAUAAA